ACACAAAACUGAGAUUGAGAGAGGGAGAGAGAGGGAGACAGGGAGAGGGAGAAACGGAGCGCCAGCGAGCAGUUUCGCAGAGGCUGGGAUUGGGGGAGUAGCGGAGUCGAGGAGUUCUAAGUUUGCGUCGCAGAUUCCUUGAACUGGGAAAAAAAAACCUCCCCGUUAUCAGCGACGAGGGCGCGUUAAAGGCGAAGGGAAAUACAAACAAAUGGGACUUGAUGCAGUUUCUACUUCAAAGCGGAGAGCGAGCGGACUGAGGAUUGAGGGGCAUUUUAUGGAACUUCAUGACCCAAAUAAAGCCAUGCUACUCUUAUGGAUUAUAACUUUCGCUCCCAGUCUACAAAAAGUUUCAGGAGCCCGGUUCUCCCAGGAGCCCGCCGACCAGACAGUGGUGGCGGGGCAGAAUGUCCUGCUCUCCUGCGUGGUCUUCAACUACUCGGGAAUCGUGCAGUGGACCAAGGAUGGGCUGGCGCUGGGCAUCGGAGAUGACCUGAGAGCCUGGCCGAGGUAUCGGGUGGUGCGAAGUCCCGACUCUGGACAGUAUAACCUGGAGAUCACCGGGGCCGAGCUAUCGGAUGACUCCCAGUAUGAGUGUCAGGCCACAGAAGCCGCGCUGCGGUCCAGGAGGGCCAAGCUGACAGUGCUGAUUCCUCCAGAAGACCCGGUCAUUGACGGGGGUCCUGAAAUCUUGCUGACGGCGGGGAUAGCCUAUAACCUGACAUGCCACGCCCGAGCCGCCAAGCCAGUAGCUGUUAUCGAGUGGCAGAAGGACGGGAUCCGCCAGGAAGGUGCCAUCAGUUCCACGGAAGUGCUACCGGACAGGAAGCGGGUGACGACUCACAGCUUCCUUCCUAUCCUGCCCACGGACGCCGACAUCGGGAGAAGAUACACCUGCCACACGAGCAACGAAGCCCUGCCCGCGGGCAAGCAGACCACCAUCUCGCUCAACGUGCACCACCCACCUACGGUGACCCUCUCGAUCGAGCCUCGCUCUGUCCUGGAGGGGGAGAGAGUGACUUUCACCUGCUCCGCUACCGCCAACCCAGAGAUCCAGGGAUACAGAUGGGCCAAGGGUGGGAUCAUCCUGGAGGGAGCCACGGAGAGCGUGUACGUGACUACCGCCGACCACACCUUCUUCACUGAGCCCGUCUCCUGCGAGGUGUUCAACGCCGUGGGCAGCACCAACGUCAGCAUCCUAGUGGAUGUGCACUUUGGACCAGUGUUAGUAGUGGAGCCGAGGCCCACGUCUGUGGAUAUCGGCUCAGACGUCACCCUAAACUGCAAAUGGUCUGGGAACCCUCCCCUUACUCUUACCUGGACUAAGAAGGGAUCUAACAUGGUCCUCAGUAACAACAACCAACUGUUCCUGAAGUCGGUCAGCCAGGCAGACGGUGGCCAGUACGUCUGCAAAGCCAUCGUGCCCCGAAUCGGAGUGGGGGAGAAGGAGGUCACGCUCUCAGUCAACGGCCCCCCUAUCAUCUCCAGCGACUCCGUGCAGUUUGCGGUUAGGGGCGACCGAGGAGAGGUCAAGUGCUUCAUAGGCAGCACUCCGCCGCCGGACAAAAUCGCCUGGGCCUGGAAGGAGAACGUGCUGGAGACCGGGACGCUGGAGCGCUACACGGUGGAGCGGGCCAACACGGGCAGCGGGGUGCUCUCCACCCUGACCAUCAACAACGUCAUCGAGGCCGACUUCCAGACGCGCUACAACUGCACGGCCUGGAAUAGCUUCGGCCCCGGGACCGCCAUCAUCCAGCUGGAGGAGAAAGAGAUCGUCCCCAUGGGCAUCAUCGCUGGCAGCACGGUGGGCUCCUCGAUCCUGCUCCUGGCCUUCCUGAUCGCUCUGGCCCUCUUCCUCUACCGGCAGCGCAAAGGGAGUCGCAGAGGGGUGACCCUGGGAAAGCCGGACAUCAAAGUGGAGACGGUCAACAAGGAAACGCACAACCUGGAGGACGACGCCUCCAGCGUUUCCACGGCGACGCGCAUGGUCAAAGCCAUGUACUCCUUUCUCCCCUCUGUCUCUCUCUCGCCCUCCACCCAGCCCUUCAAAGACGACAUUGACCUCAAGCAGGAUCUGCGGAGCGACACUCUGGACACGCGCGAGGAAUAUGAGCUGAAGGACCCCACCAAUGGCUACUACAACGUGCGGGCGGCCCACGACGAUACCCGGCCCUCCUCCCGCUCCAUGCUCUACGCAGACUACCGUACCACGGGCGCCCCCGGCACCAGCCCCGGCGGGCCCGUGUCCGAGAGCCGGGGAGGGGCCGGCGGUGGGGGAGGAGCUGGGGGGGCGGGGAGAGGCUGCUACGACCCCAGGCCCCCCUCCCGGCUGUCCCACAACAGCUACGCCCAGUUCAACACCUACAACCGCCAGGGGGGGGCGCCCAACCCCAACCCUGUGCCCCCGACCGGGGCCGCGGAUUUCCCUUCCGAGUGCGGGGGCACCCUCCUGGACACGAGCAGCCAGCUGUCGUACGAAAACUACGGCACGGCGCACGGGUACCCCCCGAGCGCUGCCCCCACCUACGCCCCCUAUAGGUUAGGAUUCGCCACCCAGGGCAACUUGGGCAACCUGGAGAGGCUAGACCGUCUGGGCGCCGGGUACGAGGGCUACGCCCCGGGGGACAGCAGCAUGGGCAAAUACGGGACGGCCACGGCCCGCUUCUCCUACUCUUCCCAGCAUUCCGAUUACGGCCAGCGGCACCAGCAGCGCAUGCAGACUCACGUGUGACGGGCUCGCCGGGGGAGGACGCGACUCCAGAUCCGCAGGCCGAGGAGGACAGGAGCCUAAGUUUGCUAAUCGAGAGACUAAUCAAGAUCUGUGAUUGGGGGUGGGGGGGGGGUGUUUUCUGUUCCACCGGCUUCCGUGUCCCUAACUAAACAUCCUGCAUUUUUCCGGGAGAAUUCCCUUCCCUCUUCUGUCCCUUCUCCCGUCGGUCCUGGG